AUGACCAUUGAGUCGUAUCCCGACACUGUCGUGUCCAGCGCUUAUUCUACGCCCUCGGAAGAAACCGCUCUUCUGCGGGAUCGACGCCGUCGACAUUCCUUUCAUACGGCAAGGAAGCUCUCGUGUGACUACGAUGCAGAUGCCGUGUUCCUCAGGGUGGAACUCUUCCUGGCCGAAUUAGAGCGUCGCCUGCACUGGAUUGAACAGUAUCGCCGGUCCCAUAUGGUCCAAAUCGAUGCCAGCUUGCGCCGGGGAUAUGCCACGCUCGAGGCUGUGCGGGAUUCGUGUUCCUAUGCCUCCGGGGAACUCAUGGGCGGCGGCAAGAAGAGGGCCAAGAUCUUGGUGGAAACCCUCGAGGACCGCUAUAACGAUGCUUUGGCGACCAAGGAGACCCUGGAGCAAAAGGCACAGGCGGGAGUUCGCUUGAUGGAGUCCUUCCUGACCGAACUGGAGUCCCGUGCCCAUGCAGUAAGGGACCGCGGACUCUACGGGGCCCUGGACGAUGGGUGGAAGGCGGUCGACUCGAAGCUGGUCCAUGCGCGGGAGGUGGUGGAUGAGGGCAUGGAGCGUGCCCGGAAGGCAAAGGAGGCUCUUCGCGAGAAUAUCGACCAGGCGAUCUUGCUAGCCAAGGAGAAGCGGCUAAUAACCUAUGCGGAUCUUCCACACCCGUGGCGAAUCAACCCACAUAUCCUGCAGGGCUACCGCUUCACCUCAUCCAAGGUGGAGUGCUUCGCCUCCGUGUUCACCUUCUCAAACGAGCUGGUCAACAUCUGGUCCCACCUGAUUGGCCUGUUCAUCGUUCUCUCAGUCGCUUUCUACUUCUACCCCCUGAACCCGAACUUCAUCCUCAGCACCAACACGGACGUGUUGGUUGCAGCCGUCUUCUUCUUUGCUGCAUGCAAGUGCCUCGUCUGCAGUACACUCUGGCACACCAUGAACAGCAUUGCCAACCAGGGGCUGAUGGAGCGGUUUGCCUGCGUCGAUUAUACGGGCAUCUCGAUGCUGGUGGCCGCCUCGAUCGUGACGACCGAGUACACGGCCUUCUACUGCGAGCCGGUAUCUCGCUGGACGUACAUCCUGCUCACUAUGUCGCUGGGGAUUGGUGGCGUGAUUCUCCCCUGGCACCCGACGUUCAACCGCUCGGAUUUCGCCUGGGUCCGGGUGGCCUUUUACGUGUCGCUGGCCCUCACCGGCUUUGCCCCUUUGGCGCAGCUCACCUACACACGAGGCUUCGCCUGGUGCCUGUAUUUCUAUGCACCGGUGAUGAAGAGUAUCCUGGUGUAUUUCAUCGGCGCGUGCAUCUAUGCUUCUCAGGUGCCCGAACGGUGGCGUCCUGGACUGUUCGACUAUGUCGGUGGGAGCCACAAUAUCUGGCACCUGGCGGUGCUGGGCGGCAUUCUCUUCCACUACUGUGCGAUGCAGGAUCUGUUUGCGGUGGCGUUCCAGCGUGCCCAGGGUGAAUGUCCGAAUCUGGCUGCUUAG